AUGUCAUUCCCCCUAAACUCGGCGUCGAGCCUCAAUUCGUCCUCGAACCUCAGUCUGGCUAACCUGAACACCAGUGCUGCCACUGGACAAGAAUUAGCAAACGAUGUGCUUGUGCAAAAUGGCCCAGAAGAUAGUAUAAGCGAUAUGGCAUUUUCUCCUCAGCAGGAGCUUCUUGCUGUUGCCAGUUGGGAUAAGAAGGUUAGGAUUUACGAGGUGGAUCCUAACUCUGGUCAGAAUCAGGGUAAGGCCUUGUUUGAGCAUGAAGGUCCUGUUCUCAGUGCCCGUUGGUCUACGGAUGGCUCUAAGGUUUGCAGUGGUGCUGCUGAUAAACAGGUGAAGCUUUUUGACUUGGCUUCUCAGCAAUCCCAGCAGAUCGGUGUUCACGAUGCUCCAGUAAGAGCAGUCAGGUUUGUCCAGUGUGGCCCUACCAACACCGAAGUUGUGGUGAGUGGUUCUUGGGAUAAAACAUUGAAAUACUGGGACACUCGUUCUCCACAGCCCAUCUCUACAAUUCAAUUGCCUGAGCGUGUCUAUUGCAUGGAUGCUUCUCAGAAGCUUUUGGUUGUGGGAUGUGCUGAUAGACACAUUGCUGCUAUCGACCUUAAUAACCCCCAGCAGAUUUUCAAAUCGCUGCAGUCGGCUUUGAAGUACCAGACGAGAGUAGUUUCUUGCUACCCUCAGGGCAAUGGUUAUGCUAUUGGAUCUAUUGAAGGAAGAUGUGCUAUUCAAUAUAUCGAUGAAGCCGAGCAGCAAAAGUCUGGUUUCUCCUUCAGAUGUCAUAGAACAUUGCCCAACGGUGCCCCAGCCACUUCAUCUGCUCGUACUGUGCCAAACCAGGAAGUUCACGUGUACCCUGUCAAUGCUAUUUCUUUCCACCCAAUUUACGGUACUUUCUCCACCGCUGGUUCUGACGGUACCUUCUGUUUUUGGGACAAGGACGCUAGACAGCGUUUGAAGAACUUCCCCUCGGUUAAAGCCAGCAUCACUGCCACGGCAUUCAACAGAAACGGUACGAUAUUCGCCUAUGCAAAGAGUUACGACUGGUCCCAAGGAUACCAGGGCAACCGUCCAGACUACCCUAACGAGAUCAAGUUGCAUGCAACCAAGGACGAUGAGAUCAAGCAGAAGAAGAGGCGAUAG